ACUCGAACCAACAGUAUCACUUGUAGUCAGUGUGUUGUGCGCACUAUCUGGCCUAGAAAUAAGUUCCAUGACCUCCUGAAAAUCACUUUUAGGGAAGAGUAGAGGACCGAUAAUUGUGGCACUUCUUUUUUCCUCCAAGUUGUGUCGACGAAUUGGCUACGGGACCAAAGAAAUUAAUACUUUAAUAUCUCGCUCUUGUUGAUACCUGUUUUUUCAAUCGUUUUCACCACGACGACCAAAUGAACGUACAACUUUUUUAAAUGAACGCGGAAAAAGAACGACACCGACGACUACCAUCUUUCAGAGCUGUUAUUUGAAGAAGCGACUCAUGCGGUUACAGAUAUCGACGCGGAGUACAUAGCGAUAUCAACAAGCCGCGGCCCCCACCUGCUCCUGCGACUUCUACACGAUCGGACGACUCUGCACUAGCAAGGGCUGCAGUUCUGUGGGUCGUCGAUAUUCUAUUCUAGCAAGAACAUACAAUGCCGAAGCGACGAGGCGACAAAGCCGCCCAGUUUCGGGAUCUGGAGGCCGAGGAGGGGUCGGAGGAAAGUUCCUCGGAAGAUGAUAUGAACUGCAAAUAUGUCUGGGUCUCCUGGAAGGGUGUCAUGCUGUUUGUGCAUGACACAGAAGGUCUGGCAUGCAAGUCUUAGCAACACAGGUUUUGAGCACGUUAGGCGAUGUCUAAUCCGCAUGACAGGUUCCCUCUUUUGGUGACAAGAAAUGAGCGGCUUUUGCGGUCCAUGCGUGACAGAUUUGCUUCUGGUCUCAAAUGCGCAUCAGAGGUUCACAUGUUUCCAGACCCAGACAUAUUUGCAAUGCAUAGAUGAAAACCGGAAGCGAAGAAGGGAAGACCGAGAGGCCGCAGAGCCCGUAUGAAAGCCUCAGAAUGGAACUUCUCAAAGUGGAAAUGAUUUGUGAUGCAUGAAAUGCGACACCAAAAAGACUCUUUUGCAGAGAACGCAAUGGAGGCUGACUAUUGUGCUUCUACGGGUUCAGAAUUGGGCUGCUGAUUAGCAUGAGAGAAGGGCACCCCUUUGCCUAACUAGUAUGACAGACACGCUUCGACGAGUGCCCGGGAAAUUUGUCAUGCGCCGACUAGAAAUGCUGCUUCAACUAAAGUCGUUUUUUUGCAUUACAAAUUAUUUUCACUUUGAGGAUUUCCAACCUGAGGCUUUCAUAGCCCGCGGAGGUCAGGGAACUACGCGAGGAAAUCGAACGAAAUGCCAAGGCGGCCGGAGGGGAUAUGCAUUGCAAAUAUGUCUGGGUCUGGAAGGAUGUAACUUGUCAUGCUGUCUUCGGAUUCCAAAAAAACCUGUGUUGCAUGACCAGCAAUUAUGGGAGUCCGGUUUGUACUACGCGUAGAGGCCAUUAUUUCUCAUGCGGAAUAGGCAUUAUAAAGCCCUUAAAAAAGCUGUGAUGCUAAAUCAUGCAUCACAGGCACCAUGGGCCAUGCAAAAUAUGCAUGACAAACCUGGCACUCUGUCAGACCUAGACGUUUUUGCAGUUGAUAGGGGAAGUCGGAGCGCAAAGGCUGUUCGGGGGCUUUAUGCGGGAAAUGGAAGAAAGAGCGAGGCAAGAAGAGGAGGAAGAGAAAAGGUAUAUGUGAACGACAUGAUUUGAUGUUCUGAGUGUAGUAAGCUCCCUCGAAGAAGUAGCUUGAUGUGUACUUCCAUCUUCUGUACAAGUACAACGACUACAGAACUUAAACUGCAUCAGCAAUGUUCAUUGUUAAAUACAAAAACUCAAUCCAAUUCCAAUCUCUACUUUUUAUCAGGAAACGCGAGCUCGAAGUGAAACAGGCGGAUGCCGAUUUGUUCCGGGAUCCUUUAUAUGCAUUGCAAAUAUGUCUGGGUCUAGAAACUUGUAUAUGCUAAAGGUGAAUGAGAGUCCCACUGCAAUACGGAGCCAAGCAUGACAAAUUUUUGGGCUCCUAUGUGUUGCGUGUUUCGUAUGGUAAACUGCGUUUUUGCACGACAGGCAAGAGGGCCGCUUCGUGCCCAGGCAUCACAGAUUCUUGAGUCAUGUCAGACAUGCAUGACAAACGUAGCAAUCUUCCAGACCGCCCAGACAUAUUUGCAUUUGAUCCUUUAGCGGCCCCGAUCAAUCAGGAUCCGGAUGCGGUUUUACGGGAUGAAACUGUUCCGGACCACGGGCGACUUCUGGGCGCCGGGAACGUGGCCAUGCAGAUGCAGGACCUGAUUAAUGAGUUCCCAGAAGAUGAAGUCAUGCUUCCCCCCUCCCUCCUAUGCAAUACAAAUUUCCUGUACAUGUACAAAAUGCAUCACAAAUUUAUUCACCAACGGCGAGCAGGCCACUUGUCAUGCUGAGUGGGAUUCUAAGAAAGUUUUGUCAUGCAGAAACCGCAUUUGUACGUGCGCGGGAAAUUUCCUGUGGAUACCUCCCCGUUUCCGAAGCCGGCGCCUUCGACGACCUCGAAAGACCCAGCGCCUUCGAGCUUCACGGAAAUAUGGAAGCGUCAGGCUUGAAAUCGUCAAAGUUGAAAUAAUCUGUAAUGCAUAAAAUGCAUGACCCGAGGCACGUGUGUUGCAGAGCAGGCAAGUGAGGCCGAUUGUCAGCCUGUUUGGGGUUACAGCUCGAGCUGCUACAGGAGCAGGUGAAAAUCACUCUUCUUUGCCUAAACAGCAUGACAAACUGGAUUUAGGGACCGCCGAAAUUUGUCAUGCGCCACUUGGGAACUGGGUUCCAACUGGCAUCCAUUUUAUGCAUGACAAAUUAUUUCAACUUUGUCGAUUUCAACUCUGACACAUCCAUAGGAAAACCGGACCGAGUAACCCCCGGCCCGGCCACCGAGCCGGUUCUCAUGCGGCAGUCGGACCCGAAACUGUGGUGCGUGAAAAUUUUCGGCGAGGGAAUUGACGUCUGUAACACGAUUACGACAAAAAUGGCCUACAAACAGAAGGAAGACCCGGACUUCGUCUCCCCCGUGUUCUCCGUGCUGGCCAGCAGGAAUAUAAAAAGUACUUCUUGAUGCGAUCUUGAUGUACAUACUCAUGUAUGACAGUACUUCUUGCGAUCUGAUGUGACAUGCAUAUGUUGUUUUGUUCUGCUUGUUCGCUGGUGACGCGCACUGCUGCAUGACGUUUAGAUUUUUGAUGAAGAUUGUUAGACCUUUGGUUUUGCCUUUGGGGUCCCCUCCGAAAUACACAAAUCAAAACCAUCAAAACAGACUACAUCUACAUCGAGGCCUUUAAGGAGCAAGAACUGCGGAAAUUCUUGCAAGGAAUCCGCGGCGUUUCGGCCUGGGACACAAGAUUAGUACCACCUGACGAUUCCUUCAACGUAUUGAGGCAGUGCAUGGGCCAAGCUGGAACCACGCCGCACAGCCACAUCAAGGCUGGACGUACUUACUCUUGUUUUUAAUAUCGUACUCGUAUUGCAGUCAUGCAUAUACAAAUCUUCUUCGUAAGGUAAGUUCGCAUUACAAAUGUCAUUUGUUUCUCAUGCUAAUUUGUAAUGCAUUGAUUCAUACAGAAUUCGUCCGCGUCCUCGCCAAUGGCACCUACCGUGGCGACCUCGGGCGCGUCCUGAAAAUAGACGAGAAGGGCGUGCAGGUCCGCAUGAAGCCCCGCCUCCCCCGCGACGUCAACACUUGGACCGGCGGUUUGACCAAUUACGGCACAAAUAUCGACCGACCACAAAAAUUCGGGAACAAAAACACGAAAAUAAGAGCGGGCAAGGAACCAAAGCCGCCCGCGCAAUUUUUCACCUACGACACCGCGAACAGGAAGGAGUUGGGGAUAAUUUUUGUCGAAGAAUUACGCGACAUCGAGUACAUGGGGAUCCGCUGCUUUCAGACCAACGGCGACACGUUUACAAGACAGUCCGGGCACAUCUUCAAACACUUUCCCCUCGCGAAGAUCGACCCCUUUGUGAACGUAUCAACUGCAAAUAUGUCUGGGUCUGGAAAGGUUGAGCCUGUAUUGCGUGUUUCGCAUUCCUAAAAAAUCUGUAUUGUAUAAGCAGCAAAUACAGCACCUCACCUUCGUCAUGCAAAAACGUAGUUUGUAAUGCGUCCUGCGCAUGACAGGGCGUUUGAAGAAUUUGUCAUGCCGCACUGUACUCAAAGGCGCAGUCAAUCAUGGCCAUUCAGCAUUACAAGUUUCCAGACCCAGACAUAUAAUUUGCAUUUGAUACAACGCCACCAUGGCGGAGAAGAACGACUUUUCCAACGUGUUGAUAUGCAAUACAAAUUUCCUGUACAUGUACAAAAUGCAUCACAAAUAAUGUCACCAACUUGGAGGAGCAUGCCACUUGUCAUGCACAAUAGAAUUGAAAGAAAGUUUUGUCAUGCAGAAACUGCAUUUGUACAUCAUGUACAGGAUGAAACUUCCUGUGGAUAGUUGAUGCCAGAAGAUUACGCGGCCGUCGACGAAAGCGUGACCGCGGGGCUGGAUGCGCAGGGGCACGUGCAACUAGGGGCAGAGGAUUUGAUGGUGAAAGAGAAAAACCCGUUCGAAACGGGGGACAAGAUCGAGGUGUAUAUGGGGCAAUUGAAAGGUGUGGUCGCGAUAUGGAACUGACAGGAUUGAAAUCGUCAAAGUUGAAAUAGUUUGUCAUGCAUAAAAUGCAACGCAGAAAAUGUCUGUCUUGCAGAGUAGGCAAGGGAGGCAGAUUGUGAGCCUGUUUCGGGUUAGAAAUAGAGCUGCUCAAGUAGCAUCACAAAAGGCGUCCUCCUUACCCAAACAGCAUUACAAACUAGAUUUCGACUCUACUCAAAUUUGUCAUGCGCCGCUUACAAAUUGGACUUGCAACUGGUAUCGAUUUUAUGCAUUGCAAGUUACUUCAACUUUGUCGAUUUCAACUCUGACACAUCCAUAGGCGACCGUGAGAAAAAUGUUGGAAAACGGAACGAUGAUGGUGGAACCGAGGCUGGGGGAUCUGGGAAUCGGGAAAAUAGGUGUGAUAGUGAUUUGUUGUGAAUUUCCUAUUUGGAGGACAGUUAGUACGAACGUGUCAAGGAAAAUAACCCAAUAAAAACGAUUCGCAGUUUUGAAUUUCGCAUGACACCGACAAGAAAGUAUUUCAUCCUAUCAAAACAAAAACUAUCAGGUCACGUCGUAGUAGACCCCCGUGAGUGCUGCAAGUAUUUCGAGCCGGGGCAGCGCGUGAAGGUGAUUUCCCACCAUGCGAAGCAGCGGGGGAGGAUAGGAGACGUGAUCAAGGCGGACACCGAUGCGCAAACGGUAAUCGUCGCCUUUGCGUCCUUGGGGAUGGACGGCUGGCCCGAGGAAGUGCACUUGCCCAUCAACGACGUGAAGGUAACGUUCGAGCAAGACAAGUACUCAAUGCAGACGAACAUGACCACCAAUCAAGACGAGGUGGACAAAACCACCUUCGCAGCAGGCUCUGCCUUCACACUCUACGACCUAGUCCAUGUAGAGCAGGGGGACGGGGUUAGUAGCCAGCCGGCGGUCGUUUUACAGUUGUUUCCCAACGACGGCAUGAAGGUCUUGAGCACCGCAAAUACCGUGCUGGACGUGAAGCAGAGCGGUAUUUAAUACGAAGAUGCUUUUUGCUUUGUUUUUGAUUGUUGUUCUGCUUGAAUUGAAAUGAGAGGCUUUCUCUUUCAAGGACAUCACGAUCAUCGCUUGAUAGACGUAGUAGUACACAUGAAAUUUUCAUGCAUGAAGACGAGCACGUGCACGACCAUCUUCAUGAUCAAAAAUCCAACUAAAUGCAACACAUCAUCACCAAAACAGAAUGCCAUCUGAAGUCCAACGCGAAGUCCGAGAAAACGAUAAGUGAAGCAAUAAAGGGGGAGUUCGGUCUUAAACGUGGCACGCAAGGCAGGCUAGUCCAGGCGGACAACGAUGGGCGUCUGCUUUACGAACUCGACGCAGUGCAGUGCCGGUUCAUGCAGAACAAACAAAUCUCCGGGUCAGGGGCCCAGACGAACCAGAGCACGCAGCGCAUCAUGCACAUUCUCACCGACGGCAUGUACAUUCGGGACGAUGAAAACAAAAACGACUGGAUGUUCGUCCGUGGUACUGACUGCAAACUCGAGAAAGCGGUGAAGGGCGGCCUACGAGACUUCGGACCGGAAGCGAAGAAGUCGCAGGCGAAUCUAUCCUGAGUAAAAACGUACCCACACCAGAGUCAGGAUGAGGAUUUUGCAACACAAACCUAGGAGUUUUGUGAGUCACGCAUGACAAGUUGCCGUAUGCAGUGUAGUGCAGGUUAGCAAGUGUAGCCGCAUCACAGAUUCAUCUGCUCAUCCUGUUCACAGCAUCACAAAUUCCAAAACACGAUUGGAAAUGGCUCUCAUGGGGAUGCGCAUUACAAGUCUUCCUGUCUUUGCAAAUCUGCAUUACAACUCUGGUGUGGGUACGUUUUUACUCAGGAUAGAAUCAACUGGCUUUGACAACCAGCAAGACCGAGAAAUACGCAAUUGACGAAGCCGCAGCGAUAUCAAAUGUAAAAAUGUCUGAGUCUGGAAGAUUUCUAGACUUGUCAUGCAUAUUUUCCAUGACCCAUGACGUCUGUGAUGCAUGCCGCAGCAUCGCAGAUUUUUAGAGCGCUUUCUGAUACCUCUACCGCAUGAGAGCCGCCUUGUUCUCCGCGUAGCACAAACUGGAGUCCUCUUGCUGUUCAUGCAAUACAAAUUUUUUCAGAAUCCACAGACAGCAUCACAAGUUUAGAAUGUUCCAGACCCAGACAUUUUUGCAUUUGAUAAGCGACGCGAAAAGACGGGGGUAUGGUGGAACGGCAGCUGGCAACCAUAAAUCAAGUCGCGGGUAUUUUUGAUAUAGUGAAUUUUUUUGCUGCUAGCAGUACGUAGCACUACUUCUGGGAAGAUGUUGUUCAUGUGGUUAUAGAUACAGAUGCAGCAGCUGUAGUUCAAAUUCAUAUGUUCAACAUGUCCGCAAGAACAGCCUUUUUUGAAGUUCGAUAAUGUUCUUCAUGCACCAACAAAACACAGCCGACAUGGGCACGCUGGCUUUGACCCACGGUUCUGCGGUACAGAAAGCACUGACGACGCAGAAGCAAGAGCUGGCUAUUAUUAAGGAGGAGGAGCAAAGGCCCGACAAAAUUCCGCUGAAGUGGCAGGAGUUGCACGACAAAGAAAAGGGGCAAAAAAAGGCCCACCCCUACAAGGGUUUGCGGAUGAAGAUCAUGAAGUCGACGGACAAAAAUCCCUACAAGGGCCAGCUCUGCGAGUUCCGCCAGGUCAUCGACGAGGAGCACUUCCGGGUGGCGCUGCAAAUCAAGUCAAAGCUGAUCAUCAUCCCGAAGAUCCACUUGACGAUUUUGAAGGAGAAAAACAGCAAGAAGCAGGAAGAAUCCAUAUCAAAUGUAAAAAUGUCUGGGUCUGGAAGAGGCAUGCUGUUUUUGCAUGACACAGAAGGUCUGGCAUGGAAGCUCUAGCAUCACAGGUUUCGAGAAGCUUCCGCAAUGCCGAAUCCGCAUGACAAGUCCCCUAUUUUGCUGACAGAAAGGGGGCAGCUUUUGCUACGUAUGCAUGAGAGACUUUUCUGUGUUUUGAAAUACGCAUUACAAGUUGCAUUCUUCCAGACCCAGACAUUUUUACAUUUGAUAAUCCCGGUUGGCGAUCGAAAAGUACGACAGCGUGGUAAUUGCGUAUGAAAGCCUCAGAACAAUGGAAAUCCUCAAAGUGGAAAUGAUUUGUGAUGCAUGAAAUACGACAACGACUCAAAAAAGACUGUAUUGCAGAGGACACAAUGGAGGCCGACUAUUGUCCUGCUGGGGGUCAAGAAUUGGAGUGCUGCUUAGCACGACAGAAGCGCACCCCUUUGCCUUAACCUGCAUGACAGACAUGCUUUAAGGGCCCAGGAAAUUUGUCAUGCGCCGACUACAAAUGGCGCUUCAACUGGAGUCGUUUUUUUGCAUUACAAAUUACCAGCCAUGCCCCGGCUGCCGCCGGGGCGCAAGGCUGUUGUGGCGGGGCAGGACAAUGCGCGGGUCGGACCGCAGCGCCGGGUCUUUGGGCACAGCGUGACAGACCGAGGGAACUACUGGCGCCGGUUUGCGCCAUGUCAGCCCGCGCGGCCUCCUGCGCGCUUCCCGCGCCUGCUGGCGCUAUGCGCAGGGAGCAACUGCAACGAAGCUUGGGGGCGAAGAGAAGCCACCUCGACAUAGGUGCCGAAGGAAGCAGAACGGGGGCCGCGCUGCCCUAUUUUGAUCACCAUCCCGCCCCCGCCCUAUUUGCUUCCCGACGGAAAUGGUUGGCACGAGAGGGGAGCGCGAGAGGGUAGCGCGAGAGGGUAGCGCGAGAGGGUGGCGCGAGAGGGUGGCGCGAGAGGGUGCGCGAGAGGGUAGCGCGAGAGGGUGCGGGCCUGCGCGAUGAAAAGGCCCAAACAAAACCGGCCGCGAGCCGGGCGGAUUCGGGGUUUUCUGACCCUCUCGCAGACCCUCUUUUUGACCUCUCCCGAGAGGUGUUGCUAAUAAUCCGGCUAUACUCGCCGGUAGAGGUCUACAGAGGUGGCCGAGAGGUGGCCCAGAGGGUGCGCGAGAGGUUCGCCCUUAUUCGCGCAACCUCCCGGCACCUCUGUCCACCUCUCGCUUACCCUCUCUGGACCCUCUCGGCCCCCUCUGGUCCCUAUAGGCGCGGCCUUAGGGCGAGCCCUUCGGCGGGCUAUACUCGCGCACCCUCUCGGCCACCCUCUCGAAUGACCUCCCGCGCCACCUCUCCACCUCUGUCGACCUCUUUUUGACCUCUGUCGACCUCUUUUUUACCUCUCGGCCACCUCUCUUCGACCCUCUGUAGACCUCUACUUUCGCAUGAAUAUAAUAGAUAGUAAUUUGCACUUUGAGGAUUUCCAACCUGAGGUUGUCAUAUUGCGCGGUGGGAGCAAGAACACCAGAGCUGGAAAAUUUUGGAGAACCCGAAAAACCCACUAAACGGCAACUACGUGUGCCUCGGGAAGGAGGCGUUUGAAAAGAAGAAACAGGAGAUCGCCUCCGCCGCCGCCGAGCAGAACGAACUGUCUGGUGUGAAAGCGAUCCAGGAUAAAUCCGUCCAAAGCAGUCCGGAAAAGAAAGACGACAUCGCGAUGCAGGCCUUGCAGGUUGCAGUGCUGAAUAACGCGGUGAAGGAUUUGUCGCUCAUCGCGACAGUCAGCGACAAGGAGUGGAAAAUUGUUCCGGUGAAGGACAAGCAGGGCAAGGAACAGCAGGUCAUUCAAUCCAGCGGGGGUUUGGUUUACAAGGAGCCGACUUUCGAAACGGAUAGCAAGUUCGCGCCCUUCGUCCACCAGAAAGCGGAAAUGCAUGACACGAUGAUAUGAACUGCAAAAGUAUCGUACUCGUAGUAUUGCAAUACAAAUUAGCUCAGCAUGACAUGUGGAAUUUCUCAUGCUGAUUUAGCUUGAAAAAGAAAUUUGUCUUGCAUGAAUGCGAUUAGUACGAGUGCGAUACUUUUGCACUGCAUAGAUGAAACAAUUCAACGAUGUCACCGGGUACCAAAAGCACCAGUUUACCUAUCAAAGGGAAAAAUCCCCCCUCCCCAUAUCGAAACGAAGUUUCUGAUGCUGGAUUUGCGUACACAAAUCAGCUUUGUAUUGCAGGAAGGCACUGCCGCCAGAUCCCCAGGCUAUGUAGGGGCGUAUCGGUCUAGUUGUUCAGCAUGGCAAGCGGCUGCCCUUUAGGCCCAACAGCAUGACAAAUCGCUUCUAUAAUGGGGGCGAAGCUUUUGCCGUUGUCUCCUUGCAAGACAAACGUGAUUUGUGACCUCAAAUCAGCAACACAAAUUUUCGGAAACAUGCCUGUUCGAUAUGGGGAGGGGGAGUUUUUCCUUUCGAUAUUACCAAUUACGAAUUCACGAAAACCGGCGGGCUCACCGAACAUGAGAAGCUCAUCGCCGACAUGGCCUGGGAUCCGAAUUUUGGUGCGGAAGAAGAGGAAGAAGUGGAGAAAAAAGCUGCAACUUCGUCCAACUGGGAAGGUUGGGAUAAAAAGAACAAAGACGACGACAAGAGCAAGUGGGACAGUGGUUCUUGGAAUUAUAACGACUGGAACAACAAUAAAGACUGGAACAAAAGCAAGGACGACAAUAACUGGGGCUCAUCCGGUACCGGUUAUAACGAUCGGGACAACUACAACAAAGACUACAGCUACAACAAUAAUUCCUCCGGUGCAGCUGCUGCUUCCUCUUCUGGCUACAACAACAAUUACGGUGCGACAGAUAAUUGGAAUAAGGACGGAAACUGGAAGUGGGAUGAUGCAACGAAUAAGUGGGUGGAGACGGUAUGUGAUUUUUGUUCUUGUUGUGUCAUUGGACUUCCGUUUUGGUUUUCUUGAUGUUUUCAGCUCUUCUAAAGCAACAAGUGCAAACAAACUUACGUCAUGCCUCAUCAACAUGUGCAGCAGCUCCGACUGCGUUGUACUUCUAAACUUACUGAAAAUAACUCAAACUACAGGGGGCAGCAGCUGGAUCCUCAGCACAAACUGGUGGCAACGAGUGGUGGAAUCAGGGCGGAAGUAGUGCUGCGAACAACGCCGAGAAGAUCGUGGAGGAGGAAAUUAUAUGCAUUGCAAAAGUUGCAUCGUACUCGUACUAGUAGAAAUGCAUUACAAAUUUCCUUAACAUGAGAAAGAAAGUUUGUUAUGCGGAUUUACCUUAAGAACAAGAUUUGUAAUGCAUGACUGCAAUUACUACGAGUGCGAUACUUUUGCAGUUCAUAAAUUAUCGAGGAGGAGGUCAUCGAGGAAGAAGUAGUGGAGAAAAAGGAGAUCAUGGAAGUCGACAUGGACGAUUUGUAG